UUAGAAGAAACAUGGUUCUAAAGCGUCUUUUGUUCAGCUUGCUUAAUCACGCGCAAGUGAUCGAGAAACUUUCGGAGUCUCGCCCGAUCAGACGAGCGGCACAAAUCACAGCUUUCGCCAUAAUCAAGGCACGAAUCGCUGGCAAGGAUGCAACGACCAGACUACUGAAGUCGGACACCGUUCGCCAAAUUCGCCAGGAAACUUCCGGGGUGUCAAAGGACAUUGGAGAGAUGGGAAGGAAAGCCGAAAGAGUUCGGCAGACAUUUGUUAAAGAGGUUAAAGAAGGUGUGAGAGACGCUUCGCGACAGAUAAAAAACAAGGACAAAUGAAACCAUCCAGUUUAGUUGUGUGAAUUAUGAAACCACCAAGAGUUCUAUGAAAUCUCACACUAGGCCUAUUCAGAGUUGAUCGCCGUACGUUUGCUGAUUAAUCUGCCACCAUGUGAUGUCUACAACGUAGUGUUGUUUUUGUAAUUGACAGCGAAAUGAAAUGCAAUCUAAUACUUCAAAAUUCAAUGUAUUGACUCCACCAAGAAUGGCCCUUUCUGUUUGAAUGUAAGAAUAAAUGUAUCUGUCGACGCAUCAA